GCACUCUUUGAGGCACAACGCCAGGAGGAAUUAGAACUUAUAUCUGCGACGUACCCUAACCGAAUAACCACGGAUUCUCAGGGAGAAAUUAUUUCCGGUGAGUUCACGGCCUUGCCAUACUGCCCUGAGGGAGUUUACAUUAUUGGAACUGGACUUCACCGCGAGCUACAGUAUCCGGAGCUAUGUAUUUCACAUGAUGCCAAUACUGGCUUCACCUACCUCCUACAUAAAUUACCUCCCAUCUUCUUUCGCUUCUAUCUCGGAAAAUCCUACCCUGCGGAUACGACCUUUAGUUUCACCCUGGAGUCUGUUUGGUUAUCCUCGAUAUCUAUUGACUUACUCUCUUGUCGACUAACAGAAGAGAUACGCACGUUUAAUGGAAAUUUCGCCGUGAAGCACUGCUGUGAAUUCCUCGGAAAUGAGGCAGUGGACUUCCUCUUUAGGAGCUUCUCAGACGCACCCAUUUGCAUAAACUUAUUUGAAUAUGCGGAACUUGACGAGGCUAGCGCUGAUGCCGAAGGUGGAGACAAGAUAUACCGACUAACGGAUUUGCUAGUUGGUCAUGAAGAACAGGCCAGGAAUCAGGAAUUCGCUGAUGCCCUUAAUGAAUGUCCUGUCUGCUUUGAUGAGGUGCCUGGCACCCGGUGUAUUCGCUUCCGGAAGUGUCGUCAUUUUGCCUGUCGUGAAUGUGCAGCCGCCAACUUUGCCGAGCAGAUUGCGCAGGGUACAAAUGCCUGUGAGCCGACUUGCGUUUCAUGUGCGGAGCCUGUUCGUCAGCAGGAGGUGAGAUUUUGCGUACAACUACACUAUACUAAGUGUUGUACUAUUUUCGAUAAGGUUCCCCUAACGCAAAAUCCCUCCACCAACAUGACCGCCAUAAAAGCAGCAAAGUGGUGA